AUGGUAAAAGAUGGGUUGAGUGCCAUUAAAAAUGAAAUUAUUAGCAUUACAGAUGCAGUUAAAUAUAUCAAAGUGUCACCUUCAAGACUCCAUGGUUUUGCAGCUGCAGGUAGAGAGUUGGAUCUUUCAACGACAAAGAAGUUAGUGUUAGAUGUACCAACUCGAUGGAAUUCAACAUAUUUUAUGUUGGAAACAGCUCUUGCAUAUAAAGAUGCUUUUGCAAGAUAUAGCAUGGAAGACCCAGGUUUUGUAUGGUUGCUUGUACCUAAGGAUUGGGAAAAAAUAGCAGUGAUAUGUGAUUUUCUUCAUGUUUUCUAUGAUGUGUCCACCUUAUUUUCUGGGUCAUCUUAUGCAACAGCAAACUUAUAUUUUCUUGAAAUUUGGAGAGUUCAAGAAAUAUUGCAGGAAAAGGUUGAAAAUGAAGGUGGGUUUAUGAAGGCAAUGGCAGUGAAAAUGAAGGAGAAAUUUGAUAAAUAUUGGAAAUCUUGUAACUUGUUAAUGGUUAUUGCAUCCAUAUUAGAUCCACGCGUGAAACUCACAUUAUCAGAAUUUGUCUUUUCAAGAAUUUACCAAUCAAGAGAAGAAAGGGAAGAACAAAUGCAAAUGAUAAAACAAUCUUUACAAGAUGUUUAUGAAAGUUACAUUCAAAGAAAUGAAGUGGAUGUCAAUAUUUCUACUGCUUCAACUACUUCCUCUAGUAUUCAAGGUCGAGAGAGUCAAGACACCCCACAUGGUGGAAGGAAGUUAUUUUUUAAGUUCUUAGGUAAAGCUGAGAAUGUUGUUUUUCAGGUCACCAAAUCUGAGAUAGACACAUAUUUGGAGGAUGGAUUGAUUAAGCAUGAUGAUAAUGGUGAUGAAGAUUCUUUCAAUAUUUUGCAAUGGUGGAAGGAUAAGGAAUCUAAGUAUCGAAUUCUUUCACAAAUGGCACGUGAUCUGUUGUCAAUUCCAAUAACUUCUGCUGCUUCAGAAAAAGCUUUCAGUACAGGAGGUCGAAUUGUUAAUGAUAGUCGUAGUUCAUUGAUGCCAAAAACAGUUAAAGCUUUGGUUUGUUUGGGUAAUUGGGUAAAGAAUGAUGGUGAUCCAAUGCAUGAAGUUUUAACAAAAGUAAGUAUGUUUUGA